AUGAGCAUUAAUAGAAUUCGUCGUGCUUCGAUUGAAAAAGACGAAUGGGAUGCUCUAAAAACAUUUGAAAAUGUUGCAUCAGAACAACAAAAAAUGUAUGCUAAAACCUUUUGUAGAUCAACAUUGAAUAACUACCAUAAGAAAAAGAAAAGGUUUGAAUUGGUAGCUGCACAUAUAUCAAAUGAUAUAAUACCGAAAAUCUUACCACAUUAUGACUUUAAUCUUCCUGUGGACGAAAAUUCACUUACAAGUGAACAGACUCAGGAAUACAGAAAAAGCAUACAUAAUUUAUCAAAAGAUUUUCGACUUAAAGCAAUAGAACUCUAUCUAGAAAUCGUCAAAGAAGAAUUUGAAUUUCAAAAAGAAAGAUUACAAAAACUUCUUGAUGAUUUUCCACAAGAUAGAUAUGAAGUACCAUCAACACAAAUUGAUAUUAAUGUUGUGGUUGAUGAUGAUGAUGAAGAACCUUUAGAUAAUGGAGUUUUUACUCAAAAACCAUUAUCAUCACAACAACAAGAAGCUAUAAACAAUGAAAAAGGUUCUGAAUUAUUUAAAAAAUAUAUUGUAAUUGCACAUAAAAGAGCUCAAUUAGAAAUUGAAAGAGAAGUGCAUUUUUUAUCCGAAUGA